CUCAACAAUAAUACUGCAGAUUGCCAACCUCAGGUUUCAACAAUGGGUGUCACUGUACUUCAUGAUGGAAGUGUAAUCCCUUUGCCCGUACAUAGCGAGUGCACAGUCAGUACCACCAUAGUGAAUGAGGAGAAUGCAGAAGUGAAGCAUGGGAAAAUAGCAACUAAAAUCAAACAAAAACUGCACACAGAUCAUGAAUACAGUACUGCACACAGAAAGUACCCAGAGUACAGUAAUGCAGAAGUCCAAACAGAUCUUUCCGUACAUGAUAUAAACAUCAUGGAGACAGAGAGUGCCAGUUAUUCCAAAGGGAAUGUUUUGCGUGAAAUGUUUGUUCAUAAAGCCACAAGCUCUGAUGCAUCAGUCAGAAGAUAUUUUGGGUUACCCAGUAUUUCUAUACUUUUUGGUCUAUUCAGCAUACUUGAAAAUGCAUGCAAGAAACUCAAAUAUUGGUCUGGCAAAGAUAGCAUAGAUGAAAAGCGCUAUGAAGAGGGCAAUGCUAGAAAACCUGGUCCUGAGAGAAAGCUCACAAUGUUCCACGAGUACCUUCUUACGCUACUUAGAAUUCGUCAGGAUUUAAACAUAGGUAUUCUUAAGGAUAUUUUUGGAAUAUCGGAGAGUCGUGUGUCCCAAAUCUUCAAUACUUGGAUAAACUACAUGUAUCGAGUGUUUGCUCCUCAGAUUAAAUGGCCAUCCAUGCAGAAAAUACGGAAAUUUAUGCCCAGAUCAUUUAAGGCAUCAUUUCCUAAUACUCGUGUAAUUAUCGACUGUACUGAGGUAUUCAUCCAGAAACCUAGAAGUCCAACAGCUCAAAGCCAGACAUACAGUAACUAUAAGAAUCAUAAUACUUUUAAAGCACUAGUGGGCAUAACUCCAUCUGGAGCAUUUUCCUUUAUAUCCGAAUUUUGGGGAGGAAAUGUAUCCGAUAGAUUUAUAACAGCAAACAGUGGUUUUCUUGAUAAAAUUUCACCAGGUGACGAGGUGAUGGCAGAUCGUGGUUUUGUUAUAAGAGAUUACUUGCUGGAACGGAGAGCAAAAUUAGUGAUUCCACCGUUCACUCAGAAAUGUGCUUGGGGCAAGGGCAAGACACUAUCACCUACACAAAUCAGACAAACAAGACAAAUUGCAAGACUUCGCAUUCACGUUGAAAGAGCCAUUCAACGACUUAAGACCUAUCGAAUUUUAUCGGGUAUAAUGCCUUUAACCUUGAAACCAAUCGCAGAUCAAAUUUUGGUUGUAGCUGCUUUUCUGUGCAACAUUGAUUCUCCACUUGUUAAAAAGUAAAAAAAAAAUGUGCAUUUUCCAUUCAUAAUUUUACAAGAGAACCAACUUUUUUUCCUUGCAUUUACCUUGUUAACUUGGAUAAUAGCUAUUGAUUUAAAAUACAUUCUUUGACUGCUGAUAAUU